UGCAAAAUGGCUUCAUCGAUUGAGCUUCUAUUUCUGGGCAGAGUCGCGGUCGGACUAGCCUUGGGUCUUUCGCUAGCGGUGAUGCCUAUGUACCUGGCGGAAGUGUCUCCUUUGCAGCUUCGAGGAGCCAUGGGAGUGUUGCUUCCGAUGGGAAUAACUGCCGGAGUGGUGCUCGGACAGAUAGUUACUCUUGAAGAGCUCCUGGGUGAUGAAAAUAAUUGGCAUUGGGGGUUGGGUAUUGGCGGGUUUCUCGGACUUAUUUGCUUCGUUGCCUAUUGGUGGAUGCCCGAAAGUCCAGAGUAUUUGUUUACGAUAAAAAACAAGCCGGAAGAAGCUUUGAAAGCAAUCCGCAAACUGCUGGGAAAGAAUAGUGUUAACAGUGCUUUAGAAAAGCAACUUCGAACGGGAUACCAUAUGACCCAACAGCCGCAAGAGUUUACUUUACGAGACAUACUGACGGAUGUCAAGUUUAGAUUACCGCUGGCCUUACUUUUCUUCAUGAACGCUGGUUGUGGACUGUCAGGCAUUAAUGUGGUAAGUGAUCUCAUGCUUACCUUCACCUUUCUAAAGCAAUACAAUAUUGAAAUGUUCAAAGAUAUUUGCAUACUCUGUUUCAACAUUGGAGCGAAUUGGAAUAACUUCAAAUGAUGCAAAGCUGUUCAGCGUUGGAUUUGGAUGCAUAAACCUCGCUGCAUCUAGCUGUGGUCUCUUCUUGAUGAAUCGUUUCAACCGUAGACUAAUGAUGCUGAUUUCUUGUACUGGCUGUGGAAUAACUCUACUGAUGAACACAAUAGCAA